UCCCCUGCGCCAGCGCGGGCACCGCCUCUUCUCGCGGGAGCUGUGCCCUGGUGGGAGGGGUGCCAGGGCCGUUCCUAGGAUACGACGGAUAACAGAGAAUUCGGCAAGUGUGGACUCUGCUGUCUAGGAGCCUGAGAAACCGCUUCCACCAAAAAAACCCCUGCACUUAUUAGUCAGGAAAAUGUCUGAUCAGGAGAAAAAAUCUGAUGCUCAGAACGUUGUUGAUUCAUCAGAAGAAAUAAAGGAUACUUUGGGGACUAUCAGUAUUCCAGUUUCCUCAGAAGAACUUCCAGACUCAGAUCAAACUGAAGACAAUGAAUAUGAACUACAACCAUCUGGUUGGGACCAUGAAAGACCUGUUGAGGAUUCGAGUGACCAGAGCCUUUCAAGUCUGGAACUAAACGAUAUCAAGCAGCUCAUGGAAGACGUUAUGUCAACUGAAGAAGUGUCACAUUCUCCCAGAGACAGUGGAGAUUCUCUAACUAAAUCUGAUAAUGAAGAGCAGUCAGCCAAAAAAUAUUCAAAAGAUUCCCUGAGAUUUCUGGAAAAAGUGAAGGCUGUGAAGGAAUCUCUGAGAACAUCAACAAAAGACUCUUCAGCAACAGUAAAAGUUGUACUUCUUCCUGUGGGCCAGGAAAUUAUAAUGCCCUUUAAAAUCGACAUUGUUUUAAAAGAACUCAAGGAGCAUUUUUCAUCCCUGUUAGGUAUCCCACCUUAUAGCCUACAGAUAAGACGGGCAGGAAUGAUUCUUAAAAAUCAGGAGACAUUACUGCAACAUGGAGUUAAGCCCCAGGAUGUUGUACAAGUGGAAAUCUUCUCUUUACAUCCAGAUCUAUAUCCAAUCAGAAGAAUAGCUAGAUUAAGUGAUGUCUCUCAAAUCAUAACUGUCAGAGUACAAACUGGCAUUGAUGAGUAUCAGGAAGUGGCUGUUGAGAUGAUAAGAUCUGAAUUUCACAAACCGUUUCUUGGUGGAUUUAGACAUAAAAUAACAGGAAUAGAAUAUCACAAUGCUGGAACACAAACUGUACCUAAAAAGAGUCCUGAAAAACUGAAUGUAUUUUGUAGGGAUACCCAGACAGUUUUUCAGAGAAGGAAGCUCCAACAAACUACAAAUACAACAUCGACACAGAUGACUAAAAUUGGUGUGUAUAUAUCAAAUGUGACUGAUAAGCUGGUAACACCAGGAAAAUAUCUUUCAGCAGCAGAAUAUCAUGCUCGAAGAUUAGAGGCGGUAAUCGUGAUACAGACUCACUACAGACGAUGGCAUGCUAAAGUCAUGGUAGAGAAUUUGAGAAGACAGAAAAUGUUCAGGUUGAAGUGGGAAGCACAGGAAGAACUAAGGAAGAUAAAAGAAAAAGAAGAAUGGAUGAAACUGGAUUAUUACCGGAGGCAUAAUCCUCAAACAAAAGAAGAUUUUGAACUUCUUUAUAAUGCACUGGAAUUCUGGCGGCAAGAAGAACUCGCACGCAUUAACCAGUCUUUCACUGGAGCUGAAAGGAAAGCUGCUUUGUGUGAACUUCUGGAAAAAGAAACCCAGAUAAUUGCUUCCAUUGGGAGACAUAGAUACAUUGCUUAUACGGCAAACCGGGAAGCAUCAAUAGAAGCUUUUUUGGAUAAGUGUUCAGCCCCAAAGGUAUGGAGAACGUUUGAUGGCAAAAUAAUUGAGAUGGAUACACAGUUCACCAUAAGAGCCAGGGAGCUGCAAAACAUCUAUAAAUGCAUUAUGCUGAGAAAUAUCUCUCAAGAUGAGAGGCUGGAUGUACUUUUAACACUUAAACAUACUGUAAAGGAACAUGAAUGUAAACUGACUCAGGAGAUUCUAGAAUUGAUUGACAGGGAGGUUGACCUUAUGAUGAGAGGAGUCAAACAUGAAAACCUUGCAGGACUCAGAAAAAGGAUCGCGACACUCUUUUUUCAUUACAUCAAAACACCUCUGUUUAAUCCAGAAGUUGCAAGACACCUUAAGGUCCCUCAAGACCCACUGAAGUUUUACAAGAAGAUUUACUUUUGCCAUAGUUGCCAGUUGUAUUUGCCGUCUACAGAGUUUGCUGUAUCCUCCACCUCACACCGCAUUUACCGGUGCCGUCACUGCGUUAACCUUGACAAUGAGACUCGGAAACGAGAAUCGUUUUUGAAGCACAAAUGUUUACUUCAGAGGCUCUACAAUUCAGAAGCUGAAUAUGAAGAUGAUUCUAAAAUUGCUUUCCUGAUGCAGCUACAGGAUAUUCAGUACCUGACGGAGAAUAUCUGGGCAUCCCAGUCAGUGCUCAGUGCCUGGAAGGACCUCAAUGAUCUGGUCAUGGUCAGGUGGGAUAAGUCCUUGGAGUGGUCGCCCUGGAACUGCAUUCUUCUUACCAAAGACGAAGGCGCUACUCAUCUCAAGCUAAAAAGUAUUGAAGAGGGAUAUGAACCCUUGUUUAUUCACAAGAUCAAACACAAACACUUCCUGGCUAAGAACUAUUUUUCUCAAAUUCCACUAUUGGCUUCAUUUUUACUUGAUGAUGGUGAAGUAGAUGAGAUCAGAAAGAAACACCUGUCAGAGCCAACAUCUAAAAUUAUAGAAAUUCAGAGGCCUAGUCCUUAGAAGAUCCAGGACUGUUUGAUGAUCAGCAUUUUUGUCCACUGCUAGUAGAGUAAUACAGAGGUCACACAAUAUGGAAGGAGAAUUUUAUCUUUUUGUUGAUUUUAAUUGUUUUUCAUAGUGUCAUAAAUUGUAUGAAGAAAAAAUAUCCCUAUGUAAAUGCUUCAUUGUUAGACAGUUAGUGUUAAAUUUUAAUAUGAUUUAGUUACUGAAAUUAAUAUUUUAAAGUAAAAAAACAUUUUAUCUUUACAUAUUUCCACAUUAAAAUGUCUUAAAAUUUCAAGUACACAUAUUAUAGUUCAAUUCAACAUGUAGGAGUUCCCGUCAUGGCUCAGUGGUUAAUGAAUCCGACUAGGAACCGUGAGGUUGCAGGUUUGAUCCCUGGCCUCACUCAGUGGGUUAAGGUUCCAGUGUUGCCAUGAUCUGUGGUGUAGGUCACAAACGCGGUUCAGAUCCCGCAUUGCUAUGGCUCUGGUGUAAGCUAGUGCCUACAGCUCUGAUUAGACCCCUCGCCUGGGAACCUCCAUAUGCAGCGGGUGCAGCCCUAGGGGGAAAAAAAAAAAAUCAAAUGCAAGCAAAAGCUAGGCCUAACUUUCAACUCAAGAAAUUUAUUUUAGAUAAAAUGUAGUUACAGGACAAUAGUCGGUAUAUGGAUGAGAGGAAACAUUAUAGAUAGAUAAAUAGGGAAUUCUCCUAAUUCCAAUCAGCAGUUAAUGAAGUUGUUCUCUCAAGUUUAGUGAUCAAAGAAUCAAGGAAUUCCAUCUAAAUAUUAAUCUUUUUGUUCUAAAUAUUUACCAACAUUUUAGCAACAUAUUUUCUAGUAUAUAAUUUUUUACUUAUCAAAUGUAAAAAUGGUCAUAUUUUUAAGGAACUAAACAUCAAAAAGGGAAGUGCUAUAAAGCCAUUAUUAUUCUCAAGUUUUCAUGGGCAGUUUAGAUGUUCUGGGAACUUUCUAGGCAAUAAAUUCAGACAGGAUUAGAUUGGGGACCAUUCUGAUCACUGAUAAAGAGGUAAAAAUUUAGCACAGACAAAAGUAGGUUUGCAGUGAGAUGUGAAUGACCAGGUUUUCACAAGACAGUCUGGAGAAUCCCAUGGCUCAGAGGAGGAGGAGCUGGGGAGGAGCAGAAAGGGCUGGGGUGGCAGGCAGGAAGGGGUAGUGGUCAGAUAGGGGCAAACAAAGCCCUUUGAGAAUCCCCCUGUUGCCCUAGGGCAAUAGACUAGACAGCACUUGCUUACAGUAAUCGAAGACCUGUGGAGUACAACUGAGAGGGGUUGGCCAGCCAGAGCAGUUGAAUCAUAUAUGGAAAAGGGUAGCACUUUAUUUAGGGCUGGGAGAAUAACCACAAAGAGGGAAAAAAAACAUUUCAACUCCAGACAGACUUUCCUAAUAAAGCCAACCCUUCUGGUAAACCUUCCAUCCUGGGAACUACAGUUCUUGUUCUAUGCAGGUAUCCAAAAAUCUACAGCAGAAGGGGCUGGAGAUAGUGUCAGGCUAGAGAGCAGGCAGCAGGGGAAAAGCCAGAUUGUUACCUAUUAGAAUUCCAGCUCCAGGUUACUGGAAAGCAACUAGUUAGGAAGUUAAGCUCCUCUGCCUUCGAUGUGUCUGCAUUCCUCUAGUUUGUGACCUGAUGAAUAACCUCCCUUGGCCCACUAACAAGUGAAACGAUAGAAGGUAUUUCUUCUUUCUCCUUUAGGAAGACUAUAUUAUAUGGAUAGAGGCCUAAACAAUAGAACAGAACAAAAUUUUAUAUUGUGAUAUUGAAAAAACAAGCUGCUAAAGAAGUCACCAUAUACUUAAAAAUUCAAAAAUUGAAAAAAGAAUUCUUUUGAAAAAUGAAAACAAAUAUUCAUUUAACAAAUCUCUUAUGCUAAGGUCAUUUGAUGGUAUUUUUUGUCCUUUGGGAAAAAUUGCUUAUUAUAUAAAAGAAAUGAUUGUUGAGUUACAAAAAACAACACAUUGGUGGCAAAGAAGGGCAGAUUUGGUACUUGAAAGCUAAGCUGAAACAGGGAUCUGGUAAAUUAGCUCCCCCUAAAAUUAGGAGGAAAAGUCAAAGAAAUGAGGUAGAUGAUAAAAAAAUAAUAAGUUUAACCACUUUGCUUUGUCUAUUCUAGAAGUAACAUAAGCCUAGAAUGGAGUAGAAAAAGAGAGACAAUUAGCAAAGAGAGAUUUAAAGCUAAAUGCCUUAAGCUAAAAAGACAUGAAUCCUUAUCUGUAUAAAGUAUCUAACAAGUACUGGGAAAAUUAAUACAGAGACAUACAUAGACACAAGCUCAUGACGUUUCUGGAUUUCGUAAUUAGACAAGCAUUUAAAUUGGAGGGAAAAAGCCAAAAGAAAACAAAGUCAGCGACAGCAACAUAGAUUUCUCUUCCCCAACCCUGAAUGCCAGAAGACAAGGGAGGCACAUUUCUAUUGAAGAAUUUUGAAUUCUGGGGGUAAAAAUACGACCUAGGAAAUUUAUUUUCAGGAAAUUUGUUUAUUUGUAAAGACAACAGAAAGACAUUGCUAGGCAGAAAGCGUAUCAUCCACCUGUGUGUACCCAUCCUGUACUCCAGCUGAUCUUGACGCUGUGGAGGUAAGGUCUGGGCAUGGUAUUGUGUGUGAGGAAUGACAGUGAGCACCACAACUUCAAGAUCCUUUCUAAAUGAUCAUACUUGUAUGGUUAUGAAACAAUGUAGUGAACAAAAUUUUUUCCAAAUAAAAAUCUAUACUGCAAAAAAUAAUAAUCCGAAUUAACCAAAAAAAAAAAAAAAAAGCCGAGUGUUCUAACAAAAUAUCUGCUGUAGGUGGGCUCAGAGGGAGCAACAUGGUCCAUAUCUUCUUAAGGGGAGGAGAGGCAAUGGAUAUAUAGGUAGGAAAGUAGAUAUUCAAAUGUUUUGUUUAACAAUUUAAAGGCUACUCCUAGCUGAAUGAAAAUAGAAUUGUAAACUCCAUAUUUCUAGAGAGGAAAAGAGAACAACAAACUUAAGAAUUAUUGUUAAAUAAAAGGAUUUUUCUUUGUUUUUUAGGUUAAUAGGGAAUACAUAUGAGAAAAACAAGAUUAAAAAUAUCACAGUGCAUAAAUUUGAAUAGGUUGAAAUUCUAGUAAAGGAUAGUUAUUCUCAUAUAGUAUCAAAUGAGUGAACUCCACGCUGUGUACCAGAUGUGUGCCCCCAAUAAGAUGCCAUAAAAAGAUAUUGAGUAAAACUAUCCGUCAUUUAUGCAAACAGGCAACAAAAAAAUUGGUGGCAGUAUUAAUAUCAAGGAUGAAAUUGAGAAAAUAAGUAGCAGAGCAAAGAAAGUUACUUAUUUUGAUAAAUUACUAUUCACAAUAUUAAUUAAUAAUUAAUCUCUAUAUUACAUAAGAAAAUAGGUUUAAAACAAAACAUCAGUUGGGAAGCAAUUCUCAAUAGGCUUCUAAUGUUUCUAACCUGUACUUAGUUCUCCUUUUAUCAAGGAUAUUUGUAUAAAAGUAGUCUUGGAAGACACAGUGUUUACCAUUCCCUAUAAGAUUCAGAGUCUUUAGCCCAGCAUUCCUAGCCUGCAAAGCAGCUCACUGUGUACAUGUGUCAUCGGACUUUGUGUCACCCUGAGGGAAUUAGGGCAAAAUGCUGAUAUUCUGGCUGCUGCUGGUUCUGUGAACAAUAAAUUGUGCUUCAUCUCUGA